AUGGAGAAAUCCGACCGAAGGAAUACAUAUCAAUACAAACUCAGAGAGUCCAAAUUUGGUAAGCUUAAGAAGCUUGGUUCCCUGAUGGUUGGUGAGUACAAGGAUAUGUUCAAGAGGGAUUAUGAUUUUCCCUUAGCUCCUACUCUAGAGGAGUUUGCUCACAUUUUCCAUAUCCCAGAUAGAGAUCAGAUUCCUUACAUAGGUGCUAUGGGAUUUCCAGAGGUUGCUUUGGUGGCUCAAGCUCUUCGUCUUGAGAAGAACCUGGUAAAAGUUAAUCUUCAUACAAAGGGAAAUGUCAGAGGUUUUACUUCAAAAUUUCUUUUGGAGAAGGCUACUUUGUUUGCUAGUAGUGGGAGUUGGGAUGCCUUAUAUAUUGUGUUUUCUCUCCUUAUUUAUGGUUUGGGACUCUUUCCAAAAAUUGAGGGGUUCGUUGAUAAAAUUGUUGUUAGUAUUUUAAUCUCUAGGAAUUUGGUGUCUACUCUCUUAGAUGAUGUAUUCUUUUCUUUCCAUUGGAGAAAUCAGAAAAGAGGCGGGACACUUAACUAUUGCAUUCCUUUGCUUUACAAGUGGAUUUUGACUCACUUACCGAGAAGGGGACCUUUUGCAGACAACUUCAGAGCUUUGAAGUGGUCUCAUAGGUUGAUGUCUUUGGAUGAUGAGGAUGUUGUUUGGUAUUAUCAUGACUAUGAUAGGGUGAAGCUUGUUUACAGCUGUGAGGAUUUCCCAAAUAUUCCUCUUGUUAGUUCCAAAGGUGGAGUCAUCAAUUACAACUCUGUUCUGUCACUUUGUCAAUUGGGUUAUCAGUUGAAGGAAGAGCCCAAAUCCAAGUUCUUAGAGGAGUUUCUUAUAGCUGAAAAGGUUAAGGAUGCAAAUAUGAUGAAGAGGAUACGCAGAGCUUGGGGUAAAGUUCAAUGUAUAGGGAAGAAGGAAUUAGGCAAACAGAACUACAUCAUCAUAGAGUCAUAUAAAGAGUAG